AUGAGAAAAUGUUUGUUUAUGCGACUUGUUGGUGACAUGGAGAUUAAUUAUCCUUAUUUUCAAACAACAUGGGAUGCAAAAAAUCAGAGAAGUUUCAGUGCGCUACAAAAAUGCACAUCAGCUCAUGAAAACUUUUGCUACGGUGUUGCACAAAUGUAUAAGGCUGAAUAUUUUUGUUGUCUAACAUCCAUUGACAUUCAACUUUUGUAUGAAGCAUAUGGAGUUAGACAUGGAUUCCCUGAAAUGCUUGGUAGCGUUGACUGCACACAUUGGAAUUUAAGGGAUUGUCUAACGGAAUUGAGAGGCCAAUACAUGACGGGUGACCAUCAGUAUCCAUCAAUGAUACUAGAAGCGGAGAUGUCACAAGAUUUAUGGUUUUGGCAUGCAUUAUAUGGUGUAGCCAAUUCGAACAAUGAUUUACACGUCCUCUACUAUUCACCACUUUUGAUGAAAACUAUCAUGGAACGAGACUUGAUUGUUCUGAAUGAUGAACAGUACAUACAUGUUUACUAUCUUGUGGAUGGAAUAUAUCUAUCAUGGGUUGUAUUUGUGAAGGUAUAUCCAUAUCCAGUAACUGAAAAAAAAGAUACGAUUCAAGGCAGCAUAAAAAUCAGCAAGAAAUGA